CCCCAAAAAAAAGAAAAGAAAAGAAAAAAAGAGAAAAAACGGAAAAUGGCAAUGGAUUAUAGGGUUUCUUGGUGUGUAUUUGCCACAUUUGUUAUUGUUUACGCAAUCUUUGUGCCUGCUGUUCAGGGUUUGACCCCCGCUCCUGCUCCUGCUCCGGCUCCUACCAGUGAUGCCGGAACUGCAAUUGACCAGGGCGUUGCUUAUGGCCUGAUGCUGUUGGCUCUGGUGCUCACAUAUCUCAUCCACACCUUUGACACUCCCUUGAACUUCUGAGUUCAGAGAGCGUUUAAGUCAUUUCGUCUGUUCAAUUGUCUGAGAUUUAUGACUUGAUUGACUGGAGAUGAAGAACUGUUUUUGAGGCCGUCACUCUUGGAUGCAAUACAAUUGUAUUAAGUUCUGUGCUAGUAUUUGAAUUAAUGUAUCAGAUGCAUUCAGAAGGAGUUGCUAGUGUACCUGUUUGAUGGCAACUAUUGACGUUUCAUUCGCUGUUCGCAUGUUAACUUUCUAUUAUUGUGGUGAGAGCUUUAUUGGAUCA